GGAAGUGGCGUCACAUUUCCAAUUAGCACAGCGCCAUUAAGCGCAGAAGGUGAUGUUAGCAUGGCUGAACUGCAGCUCCUCACAGCUAAUUAACUGAACAUCCAACAUGUCAGAAAAAGCUCCACUGUUACAUUACCGACUCACCACCAGCGCCGGGCCAGAGCCGAGCCAUGUGUCCAAGGAUAAACCGGGCCCCAAGCUCGGUGUGUUGUUCGGAGUGGUCAUACCGACUCUACUGUCCAUGUUCAGCGUCGUCGUGUUUUUGCGAAUAGGAUUUGUUGUGGGUCAAGCAGGUUUAUACCAGGCCAUUGCCAUGUUCCUGGUCGCCUACUUAAUCAUCACAAUGACGGUGCUUUCUGUCUGUGCCAUCUCCACCAAUGGGGCUUUGGAUGCUGGAGGAGCCUACUACAUGAUCAGCCGAGCCCUGGGUCCGGAGUUUGGUGGCAGCAUUGGGAUCAUGUUUUUCCUCGCCAAUGUGUUUGGCAGUGCUCUCUAUGUUUUGGGUUUGGUCGAGGCUGUCAUGUCCGCUUUUGGAGUCCCAGAAGACGGUGCCACAGGUUUAUAUCAAGUGUUGCCCUCAGGAUACUGGUGGUCCCUGCUUUAUGGCACGGUCCUGCUCUUCUUGUGUUUCGUUGUCUGUUUGGUGGGAGCCCACAUCUAUGCCAAAGCCACCUUCAUUAUUUUCAUCAUAGUCACGACAGUCCUGGCUUCUAUCUUCAUUAGUUUUUUCAUUGUGGGGCCCUUCCCAGUGUUUCUGCCAAACACUUCAGUUUUAAACAGUACCAGCAUGAGGCAGGCCAAUUAUACGGGCUUCUGGCUCCACACGUUGGAGGGCAACUUGUUCUCCAAUUACACAGUAGACUACACCACCGGUGCCGUGAUGAAUUUUGCCACAGUGUUUGCCGUCAUGUUCAAUGGAUGCACUGGCAUAAUGGCAGGCUCCAACAUGUCAGGCGAUCUGAAAAACCCCAGCUAUUCUAUUCCCAGAGGCACGCUGGCGGCUGUUCUAACAACCUUCAUCACAUACAACCUGCUUAGUUUGCUGGUUGCAUGGUCCUGUGACCGAUACCUACUCCAAAGGGACUACAGUUUCCUGGGAGACAUCAAUAUAUGGCCACCCAUAGUGACUGUUGGUAUCUACUCCUCCACCAUGUCAGCCGCAAUGAGUAACCUUAUAGGAGCCUCUAGGAUCCUCUACGCCCUGUCCAAAGACAACCUGUUUGGUGGUGUCCUGGUCCUGGUGAGGAAAACCUCUCUGAGUGGGAACCCCUGGGUCUCAGUCCUCGUCUCCUGGCUGCUUGUACAGGUGGUGCUGUUUGCUGGUAAAUUGAACACCAUAGCAGGUAUUGUAACAGUCUUCUUCUUGUUGGUCUAUGCUGCUGUGAACCUGGCCUGUUUGGCUCUUGAAUGGGCGUCUGCAUCAAACUUCAGGCCGUCGUUCCGUUGUUUUACAUGGUAUACCUGUGCUCUGGGGAUCCUUGGCUGCCUGAUAAUGAUGUUCUUGAUCAGUGCCAUUUAUGCUUUUGCCAGCAUAGCCUUUAUGCUCCUGCUCUUGAUGGUUAUCCACUACCUGGGGCCUGGUAGCAACUGGGGCUACAUCAGCCAAGCUCUCAUCUUCCACCAGGUGCGCAAGUACUUGUUGAUGUUGGAUGUGCGAAAAGACCAUGUGAAGUUCUGGAGGCCCCAGUUACUACUGAUGAUUGCAAACCCCCGCAGCUGCACAGGUCUUAUGACUUUUAUUAAUGACCUGAAGAAGAGUGGUCUCUAUGUGCUGGGACAUGUAAAGCUGGGUUUGCUUGAUGCGUUACCCUCUGAUCCUCUGCAGAGCCGUUAUGACUCAUGGCUGAAUUUAGUGGAUCACCUACAAAUCAAGGCAUUUGUCAACCUCACGCUUGCAGACUCUGUCCGACAUGGAGUUCAGAAUUUGCUUUUCAUCUCAGGCUUUGGUGGAAUGAGGCCUAACACCCUUGUCUUGGGUUUCUAUGAUGACUGCACCCCCCAAGACCACCUUCAAGGUGAAGUUCUCUUGUCUACAGCUGCUGGCUUAGAUGCAGUCUCUCCACACAAAGACCCUGAACAACUUCGCUCUCCCUUCUUUCCCAAUGUGCGUGGUGCUGGGGAACCCAAGGACUUUCAGGAAGAGGAGUAUGUGUCAGUGAUUGCCGACGCUGUAAAAAUGAGAAAGAACGUGACCCUGGCUCGUUAUUUCGAUGAGUUUAACAGGGACGAAGUCUUAGGGCCGGGAAGAAAGAUUGGGGGCCACCGUGUGACGGGGCCCUUUGUUGAUGUGUGGCCUCUGAAUUUGCUCCGACCAGACAGCUGCGGCUACGUCGACAUCUGCUCAUUGUUCCUGCUGCAGCUGGCCUGCGUGCUCCACGAGACCCGCGCCUGGAACCAGGCGACAAUCCGCCUGUUCCUGUGCGUGGAGUCUGGUUGCAGUCUGCAGGAGGAGGAGGAGACGAAGCUCCGGAGGAUGCUAAAGCAGCUAAGGAUAUCUGCUCAGGUGCAGAUGGUGGCUUGGGACCAGGUGGUGGCACUACACUGGCAGAGGCAAGGAGGAAGGGGAAGAGGGAAUCCCAUGAGAGAGGAGUCGGGACGGAAUGAGGAGAGGUGGAAGAGACGAGGGGAAAGUGAGAAUGAGGAUGGUAUCUCAACGUUCCCCAGUAAUGCUUCUCAGCUCACAGAUGAAUACAUCCAUGCUGUCAACAAUCUGAUUUGUCAGCAUGGUGCCCCCCAGCCAGCUGUGCGUUUCCUGUAUUUGCCUCACCCUCCAGCAGACAAAAGCCGUUACCGUGCCUACCUGCAUCAGGUUGACCUCUUGAGUCGAGGCCUCGGGCCAACGUUACUGGUUCAUGGAGUCACUCCUGUGCUCACCACUGACCUGUAGGAUUUUAUUAAAGACUCUUAAUCCAACAAAAACAUUAAUCUGGUGGGGGGUAUUUGAUGAACGGUGCCUGUUACCACUAGUUAUUUAUUGAGCAUUAUGGUUGUCAUUCACAGUUUAACAUAACCCUGACACUAGAAAGACCGGUCAUGGCUAGAUUUUUCAUUUGCAACCUUCAUCUUUCUCUCAUUAAGACACCUGGGGAAAGGUUUUAGGUGUUUUAGGUUGAGUUAUCACUUGGAGAUUUACCUUUUAGGCAACUUCUGUUAAAGUGAUGUCAACACAAUGUGGUGUGUUCUUGAAUAUUGUUGUAUGUGUUUAUAGAGAAAUAAAUUAAGUUUUGACCUCCAA